ACCUUGCUCUGUUUCACUUUCUGCUUCUCAAUUAGCUCAACAGUGGAAACUAUAUUAUAUAAAUCAAAUGGAUAGGAGUUGGAUUGAGAAGGGACGGGUAACAGCAUAUCGUGCAACUGAUCCAUACUUAGCCGGCGUAAAUACUUUCCUAGAGUUUGCAUUUUCCAAAGUACCCACAGGAGGGAAGAUUUCAUGCCCAUGUAAAAAUUGUGUUAAUCAUUUUAUGAGAACAUGGGAUGAAGUGGAGGAACAUUUGAUAUGUGAUGGAAUGAUGAAGAACUACACAUUUUGGCAUUUUCAUGGAGAAGUUGAAUCUAUUGAUACAACAAUCGAAAACAUUGUGGAUGACGAAGAAGAAUACACCGAAAUUAUUGUGGAUGAUGAAGAUGAAUGCAUAGAUAUUAUUAAUAUGCAUGACAUAAUUCAUGAUGUGUUCCCUGAAAAUGCAUGUGAAGGAGCUGGUGCUACUGCCACAAGUGGACAAAGAGAAGGUAUAGGAGAUGAGGAAGGAAGUUUUUUUAGAUUGAAGACAGAUGCAGAGGUAGAAUUGUAUCCAGGGUGCAAGGAAUUCUCAAAAUUGUCCUUCACUAUUGCACUUUAUCACAUAAAAUGUCUAGGUAAGUGGAGUGACAAAUCUUUUGAAAUGUUGUUGGGUUUAUUGAAUAGAGCUCUACCGCAGGAUAAUACUUUGCCAAAGUCUUUGUAUGAAACAAAGAAGGUAAUUAAAGACUUAAGACUCAAUUACAACAACAUUGAUGCAUGCCCUAAGAAUUGUAUGUUAUAUUGGAAGGAGUCAUCCAAACUUGAGUCCUGUCUCAAAUGUGGCACACCAAGGUAUAAAUCCAUACACACCAAGUCACCGGUCAAAACAUUACGACACUUUCCUUUGAUACCAAGGUUGCAAAGAUUAUAUAUGUCAUCAGUAACAUCAUCUAAAAUGACAUGGCAUAAAGAUCAGCGUGCAAAUGAUGGGAAAUUGCGUCAUCCUGCAGAUGCAAAAGCUUGGAAGGAUUUUGACAGACGACAUCCAAAUUUCAGUGAAGAUCCACGUAAUGUUAGACUCGGGUUGGCAAGUGAUGGCUUCAGUCCAAAUAAUUCUCUAAGCAAUUCGCAGAGCAUAUGGCCCGUUGUUGUGGUACCGUAUAACUUGCCACCAUGGUUGUGCAUGAAACAAACAUCAUUUAUAUUAACAUUGCUAAUUCCAGGUCCUAAACAGCCUGGAAAUGAUAUAGAUGUGUAUUUACAGCCUUUGAUAGAUGAGUUGAAGUUAUUGUGGGAUACUGGUGUUGACACAUACGAUUCAUUUAAGAAAGAAACAUUCAACUUACGUGCAUGCCUUUUAUGGACAAUUAAUGAUUUUCCUGCAUAUGCCAACCUAUCAGGAUGGAGCACUAAAGGUGCAUUUGCGUGUCCAUGUUGCAACUGA